CAACCACCGCCAAAAUGGAGUCGGGGACGCCCACACACCAGGACCGCCUGGCCUACAUCGCCCAAAGAAUCGAGGCCAAGGAGCACACCAAAUGGGCCGGGAACCGUCUGCUCUGGCCCAUGGGCGGAUCCUUCAGCAUCGCCGAGCCCCAUAGCUGCACCCACUGCCAGGAUGUGACCUUAGCCCAGCAGAGGAUAGGCAGGCGAAACUGGGAUGGCUACACCCUGGAGCUCGAAGCAUCGCUGGCGACGGCGGUGGACGCCUGCCUGUCUGGCUGUGCGCUAUACCGCUACUUCGUCGACUCGCUGACGUCGUAUACGCUCGACCUCCCAGCAACUCUGGAGGCGGCCAACCAAGUCCUCAGGUUCGGGCUCUUUGCGGGGACCGGGGGCCCACGCUCGCCGACCAUGCCGACUGCGCACCCCUCGGGGUCUGUUCCGUCCCCGGGCGAUCACUUGAGCCCCACUCCACCUCUCAGGCAGAGGACUAGUCUGGUCAUGGCGGACGGAUCGGUCCAGGAGAUGUUCAGCAGUGCCUCUCACACUAUGGAAAUGUUUGCCCGACAAGGGGACCCCGCCGCCAGGUUUAUCAUUGCCAGGCCAUUCGAGCUGGACAAACGCUCUCAAAGAACAGUCCAAACGGCCCGGAACUGUCUCGAGCGUUGCAUCAAAUAUCAUGCGGGCUGCCGCGUUGGCGGCAGCCUUUAUGGAGACGCAAAGUCCCUCCUUGCCGCGACCGAGCGACUCGCUCCGUCCGAUAUCCCCACGCGUCUGCUGCAGGUCAAGGGGGGCUCUGGCCGAGAAAUACGCCUGCUGCUGGUCGAGACUGGCGGCGCGCCGCAAGACAUGAUCGACACCAUAUCCCAGGAGGGCUACAUCGCGCUUUCGUACUGCUGGGGCGCCGAUCAACCCAUCAAGCUCAAGAGGGAAACGCAUGCCUCUCUCACGACACAGGGCGUUAACGCUGAGGACCUCCCCCGCACGCUGCGGGAUGCAGCGUGGUUUGUGCGCGAGAUGGGGCGGCAGUUCCUCUGGGUUGACGCGCUCUGCAUCCGGCAGGACUCCAAUGACGACAAGACGGUCGAGAUCUCGCGCAUGGGGACCUAUUACGGGUCCAGUGCCGCGACCCUUAGCGCCGCGUCCGCCUGGAACUGCAACCAGGGCUUCCUCGAAGAGGCCAGACCCCACGGGUCGCGGCUAUUCCUGACGGGGCCCAUCCGUGUGCGGUUCAAGUCCCUCGACGACGCGAACGCCGGCGGCGGGCACGUCUACCUGUUCGAUCGGAAUGAGCCGCCCCCGGAACCCAUCACGACGCGGGCGUGGACGCUUCAGGAGGCGUUUCUCUCGCGUAGGCUCCUCAUCUUCGCCGCCAACCAGAUGUACUGGUGCUGCAGCAGCGGAUACUCGGAAGAGUCUGGGACGCUGUGGGAGCGUAUCUUUGGCGGGGCCGAAUCGCCCGUCGCCCUUAUCUACCCCGCCGCCAAGCUGGUCGAGCUGCCAAUCGAGGUGGGCUGGAGCAAGGUGGUGGCUUCGUACACACGGCGCGGGCUGGGCGUCGCCAGCGACAAGCUGCCCGCCGUCGCGGCGCUCGCGGAGGCGUUCGUCAAGAUCGCGGCGGACCGCGGCAGGCGCUGGAAGUACAUGGCAGGCCUGCACAUAGACGUCAGCGAAGGGGGUGAUGGCGGCGGAGACGACCGGGACGAGGGUCUCAGAAGACAGAGGACGUGGGCCGCGGCGCUGAUGUGGCACUCUGCGUCCUGGCAGGACUGCACGCGGCCGGCCGCCUACCGGGCCCCGUCUUGGAGCUGGGCCGCCGUCGAGGGGCGCGUGAAUCUCAAGAAAGAGGUGUGGGAUGGCCCGGUUUAUGGCAAUGUGGCGAUUCGCGUUGCCGAUUACGGCGUGGUGCCCACGGACCCCAGAGCGCCCUUUGGCAUGGUCGCUUCGGGAUUCGUCCUGCUACACGCGAAGCUGAUCACCCUCGAAGCCGCGCUGGAUUUGGGAGUCGGUGUCACAAUCCAGGGCGACGACUGGGAGCCCACCUCGCCGUUGAGAGAAACAUUCCGGCAGGAGCAGCCGGCACUCGAGCUUCGACCCGACUCCAUGACGGACCUCGAGGCAUUCAGGGCUGGGAUUUCCGGGUAUACAGACCCGUUCCCCUUGAGCCUUCUUGUAGUGAACGGAGAUGCGGGCUCCAAGGAGGCAGAUAAUGGCUUGAUUGUCUGUCCGGUAUCUCCAGAUUUGAGAGGCGGAAUCCCCAAGAAGCACGCAUCCAUCGCCAAUGUCUAUUGCAGGAUUGGCACCUUCAUUCUGCGACCAUCUUCGGAGAGCGACCAAGGCCAAGCUCAAGGGGAAGCACCAGUCAAAACACACCUCAAUGGCAUUGAACCGCAGCCCAUCUGCUUACUGUAGCCACUCCUCCCAAAUGCUUCAAUCCAACGCAAUCACUCAUCACCCAUGGCCCUUUUCCCGCCCGCCAUGAUCUUCAUGCUCGCCCCGUCCGUGACGCCCGCAAUCUCGUUGGCGCACCAAAAGUGCCUGCCCGGCGCCCCGACCAGCGCCCGCGCGUACCCGCCCGCCGGCACGGCGUGCUCCCUGGCCUCGGCCGAGCCGGGCGCGCCCUCUCCCCAGAGGAACAGCGGGUCGACAGUGCCGACGGCGACGCUGACGCGGUCCGACGUGUCGGGCUUCCAGUACAGCAGCGAGCCGCAGCGGCCGCAAAAGGCGCGCGUCGCGCUGCCGCUGGCCCGGUACUCCCUGAGCGCGUCGGCGGGCGGGGCCGACUCCCCGUCUGCGCCCCUGAGACGGAAGUCGGAGGGGCUGACCUCGUGGCAGACGAAGAGGAGGGAUGAGGUGUUGCGCCUGCAUUGGGUGCACUGGCAGGUCGAGCUCUGGGAGGGCGAGGUGGGGGGUGGCGGUCAGUGCCGUGUCGUGGAGGCGGGGGACGGUGGUCAGCUUACAGACAGCCCGAAGUCGUGUGUGGGCGGGAAGUCGGCGCGGUAGCGGAGCGCGCCGCAGAGGCAGCCGCCCGUGACGAAUUUGGGCUUGGGGAAAUCGUCUAUCGAGGUCAUGAUCGGUCGGCCUUCUACUUUCUUCUUCGUUUUGGUGAUUCGAGAUGGGAGUAUCAACGGGAUGUCCCUCGGUGGAAAAUACGAUUUUUAAUACCGUCCGUUGCCGUUGCACCCCGCCCUUGGCUUGACAUGGCUGCGCGCCCUUGGGGAGGGUGGG